GCAAAACAAUUCCCUCCAUUUUCCUUCACUUUCCCUCCACCCAAACAAGAUGAUUCCCUCCAUUUUCAUCACGCCUUCCCCAGAUUACGGGCCACCAAUACGAACUGAACGACUCCUCUGUACUCCCCAUCAGAAUCUGAAACCGAAACCAAAGCAAAGAUGAAGUUCAAGGCCUUCCUGACCGACAAUGGCGUCAACCUGCUGGAGAAGAGGUUCCUCCCAGCCCUAGACAAAAUCGGAAGAACCUGUCAUCUCUAUCUCACCCGAGAUCACGUAAUCUUCCUCCACAAUCUCCUCAAUGGCGAAGGCCUCCAAUCCAUCGCCCAAUUCCGCAAAGAAGCCCUCUUCCACGACUACCGCAUCUCUAGCCAGAACGACGAUCGCAUCGCCUUCGCCGUCGACCUCUCCCUCCUCCACCGCGCCCUCCGCAGCAUUGUCACCAUCUAUGCCGAAUUCAGCAAUCCUCAAACCCUAGCUCACGCUUCGUCCAAUCCUCUCCAGCUCAAGCUCGUGAAGAAGCUUCCGCCUCAUUCGCAGCAGCCGAUGCCGUUCCUCACUUUCGAGACGAAGGGUUACAAAACCGCCGUGAUUCAGGACGUUCCGAUCUCGAAACCCUUGUCCAGAGCCGAUUUGCUGGAACUUCAAGCGGCUUUGGAUGCGGCUCAGGAUUUGCCGCAAACCCUAGUUCAGGUCCCGCACAUGAAUCAGCUGCAGAGCUUCGUCGAUCGAAUGAGGCACGUUGGGGACUUGAUCGACCUUUCCAUAACCAAGUAUGGGGAUUUGCACUUGCAAACUUCGACUACUUUGAUCACGCUUGGCGCGGAGUUUGGUCGAUUACCGGUCAUUGGGGAGAAAGCCGAGGUUCCAGCGGAGGAUCGGAAUUUGAGCGCUCAAUCUCGGACGCAGAGAGCGAUUGAGAGGGGAGACGCGAUGACGGUCCUAGUGCCCCUGAAGCAUUUUGCCAAGUCUCUCCAAUGUCAUCUGGCAAAGCCCGAUUCUGCCUUCUAUGGGAUUGCUCCACAAGGCGCUUGCUUGACUGAAAUUUUCCAGUUCUUUGUGCCAGGUACGCUCCAAACAGAUAAAUCGAUCAGUUUGCAUUGCAGGCUUCCUGCGCUUGAUCCUGGAUCUAGUUGAAUCCCCCAAUCAGAAAUCAAUAGCAGCAUAACAUGUUACUGUGUUUCUAUGUUCACAAUUCUAUGAUAAAGAUUGAAGUUCUGGUCUUCUGUGUUCA